UUAUAUCCAAUGUUUCAUCCUCAAUUAAAAACUGUAAACAAACGGUUGGAAUCAUUUAAAAACUGGUCCAUACAAUUUCAACAGACUAAAACUCAGAUGUCUGAGGCAGGAUUUUUUUAUACAGGUGUAGCUGAUAAAGUUAUCUGUUUUUGUUGUGGCGUAGCUAUAUUAAACUGGAAACCUACAGCCGAUUCAUGGGAGCAACAUGCUCUAGUGUCACCCCAGUGCCUCUUCAUCCUU